AAAUCUGUCUUGUCAUCAAUCCAUGUCAAAUAUUUCCGGUGUCAGUACUCGUUUAUUCCACCUUUCUAUCGCAAACUAACGAGUUUUUAAAAUGCGCGAAGUACUUUCGGUCCACAUCGGCCAAGGUGGCGUACAGAUAGGCAAUGCUUGUUGGGAGCUGUAUUGUUUGGAACACGGCAUACAACCUGAUGGCAUGCUGCCACCGCAGACCUGUACAAGCGAUGAUGGUUUCCAAACCUUCUUCAGUGAAACGGGUGGUGGAAAAUAUGUACCCAGAGCUGUUUUCAUCGACCUCGAACCGACGGUGAUAGACGAGGUGCGUACGGGAACAUACUAUCAGCUAUUCCAUCCUGAGCAAUUGAUCUCUGGCAAGGAAGAUGCCGCGAAUAAUUACGCGCGCGGCUAUUAUACCUUGGGCAGGGAAAUCGUCGACCUUGUGUUGGACAGAAUUCGCAAGAUAGCCGAGAUGUGUGGCGGUCUUCAGGGUUUUCUCAUCUUCCACGCGUCCGGUGGUGGUACUGGAUCCGGUUUCACAAGUCUGCUGAUGGACCGGCUGUCCAUGGACUACGGCAAGAAAGCAAAAAUGGAGUUUGCCGUAUACCCGUCGCCGCAGAUCUCCACAGCAGUCGUCGAACCCUACAACGCGAUCCUGAUGACCCACACCACACUGGAGAAUUCCGAUUGUGCGUUCCUUGUGGACAACGAAGCGAUCUACGAUAUUUGCCGGCGUAAUCUCGACAUCGAGCGACCUACCUACACGAAUCUGAAUCGGCUGAUCGGCCAAAUAGUCUCCGCGAUCACGGCCUCGUUGAGGUUCGACGGCGCCCUCAACGUCGACCUCACCGAGUUCCAGACGAAUCUCGUGCCCUAUCCCAGGAUACAUUUCCCUCUAGUGACCUACGCGCCUAUCGUAUCUGUUGAAAAAGCCUAUCACGAACAGCUCACUGUGAUGGAACUCACUUCGGCCUGCUUCGAGCCGUCCAUGCAGAUGGUCAAAUGUGACCCGCGAAGAGGCAAAUACAUGGCUUGCUGCUUACUAUACAGAGGCGAUGUAGUACCAAAAGAUGUUAAUGCUUCCAUCGCGAUUAUCAAAACUAAGAGGACGAUACAGUUCGUCGAUUGGUGUCCGACAGGCUUUAAGAUUGGAAUCAAUUACCAACCACCAACCGUGGUGCCAGGUGGUGAUCUGGCAAAGGUGCAGAGAGCUAUGGUUAUGUUGGCGAACACUACAGCGAUUUCGGAAGCAUGGAGCCGAAUGAAUCGAAAAUUCGAUCUUAUGUUCAGCAAACGAGCUUUCGUUCAUUGGUAUCUCGGCGAGAAUAUGGACGAGAGCGUAUUUAACGAAGCCAGAGAGGAUUUAGCUGCAUUAGAGAAGGAUUAUCACGAAGUCGGUAUGGAUUCCUUGGAUAUUGGUGGCGAGGAAGAAGUUUGAUCGCUUUUAAAUAACUCGCAAUAACAAUGGCGUGCAUCAAGAACGCACGUACUUUGGUGGGAUAAACAUUUCUCUUUCUUUUUUAUGUUUAUUCGGUCGCACCGUUUUUCUAGGAUUUUUACAUCGUUUUGUUAUCCCUUGUACAUAUUUGUAUAUAUUGUUUUUAUUUUAGACACGAGUUUUUAUUUUAG